AUGAAAUUCCAACACGUCGCACCGGUGUGCCUUGCGGGCUGUGCCCUGGCCUUGCCGACUCCGGUCGAGAAGAGACAGGAUCUCUCCGACCUCCUUCCGUUCCCUAUCCCAAGCAAUCUAAUUCCGACUGGCCUUUCCCUUCCGUCUGGCCUCUCCCUCCCAUCCGGUCUCUCCCUCCCCUCAGGCCUCCCCAGCUUCUCUCUGCCUACGGAUCUGUCCGACCUAGGCUUGAAGCGCCGGGACGUGCCUUUCUCUCUGCCCUCUGGUGCUGCACUUCCUACAGACUCCCAGGGACUGUCUCAGCUCCUGCCCUCUGGUCUCCCUGACCUGCCCGACCUCGGCAUCACCUUUCCCACUGGCCUUCCAUUCGAGAAGCGCCAAUUCGGCGGUGGUGGGGCCCCUGGAGGCGGAUCCUCUGGUGGUCCAUCCUUCGGCGGUGGCUCUGGAGGCCCGUCCCUCGGUGGCAGCAGCGGCGGCGACUCCUCCAGCCCCUUCGGAGGCCUACCCGGCCUUGGUGGUAGUGGCUCAUCCUCUUCCCAGUCCGGCGGCUCUCCCUCACCCUCCAGCGGUUCAUCCUCCUCCGGCGGAAUCCCCGACUUCCUCAGCGGCCUCGGAGGCUCUUCUAGCGAUUCUUCUAGCUCUGCUCAGCCCUCCAGCGGCAGCCCUCUCGGCGGUCUCUCCAGUAUCUUGGGCGGGCUCGGAGGCGACUCUUCCCAGUCUUCUAGCAGCCCCUCUGGCUCCUCUCAACCCUCCAGCAGCGAUCCCUUCGGCGGACUCUCCGGUAUCCUAGGCGGGCUCGGAGGCGACUCCUCCCAAUCUUCCAGCGGGCCUUCUAGCUCCUCCCAGCCCUCCAGCAGCGACCCCUUCGGCGGACUCUCCGGCAUCUUAGGCUCUCUCGGCGGCGGCUCCAGCUCCUCCUCGUCCGCGGGUGACUCCUCCAGCCCUUCCCAACCCUCCAGCGGCACUGCUCCGCCCAGCCAACCCUCCGGCGGUUUCCCUAACCCCUUCGGCGGCUCCUCUUCCUCCUCCUCUGACUCCUCCGCCCCGGCACAGCCCAGCGGCGACGGCCCCCAGCCCAGCGCCGCCUUCCCCAGCAUCAGCCUCCCCGAGCCUACCGGCGGCAGCAGCAGCAGCAGCUCUUCCGACUCCAGCGACAGCGACUCUUCCUCCUCCGCAUCGGACUCCGAGCCCUCUCUUAGCCUUCCUACUCCGUUGGCGUUCUCGCCCGGUGGUCUGAACCUCCCGGCUCCUUCGUCUAGCUCGGCUAUUCCGACUAUCUCAGCUGUUCCUACUAGUGCGGCUGUGCCGACUGCGCCGUCUUCGUUUAAGCAGUUUUUUGCUUAG